AUGGCCUUCCUUCUCACUCUUGCCACUCUCGGAGGCUUCGCCCAGGGAGCCGUGCUGCCACGAGCGAGCAUCGACAGCGAUGCGGUGGUAGGGUUCCCCCAAAAUGUUCCCAGUGGUACUACCGGAGAGGUCUAUCUUGCCUAUCAGCCGUACCUCAAGGUGGUGAACGGUUGCGUUCCCUUCCCCGCAGUCGAUGCACAGGGCAACACCAACGCUGGCCUGGCCCCGACAGGAGCAUCCAACGGCGACUGUGCCAGCAGCACCGGUCAGAUCUAUGUGCGCGGGGCCACGUAUGGCGAUAACUACGCCCUCAUGUACUCGUGGUAUUUCCCCAAAGACGAGCCCUCGACCGGGCUGGGACAUCGUCAUGAUUGGGAGGGAGUCAUUGUCUGGCUCUCAUCGUCCACGUCCACCUCGGCUGACAACAUUGUCGCCGUGUGUCCGUCCGCCCAUGGUGGCUGGGACUGCUCGACAGAUGGAUACACCCUCAGCGGCACCAAACCUCUCGUCGAGUACUACAGCAUCUGGCCGGUAGAUCACCAAUGUGGCCUCACCUCGACUGUGGGAGGCUCACAGCCCUUGAUCGCCUGGGAGAGUCUGCCAACAGUAGCUCAGACGGCACUGGAGGACACCGACUUUGGUGACGCCAAUGUGCCUUUCAAGAAUGCCAACUUUGACUCCAACCUGGCCAAGGCGACUUUUUGAGGGAGUUAACACGUUGUUUAGGUCACAAUGGGAUAGGGGAUUCUGCCUUUGUUUUGCUGCGCGAUGUCGAAUUAUGUGCGGAGGGGAGCAUGAUGCUGCAGGUGCUCUGUUUGGUGUCCCACCUUUAGUAAGCGGAAAUUGUAAGCAUCCUUAAAUCCAUAUCAUUGUCUAAUCGGAUGUGACCUCGUG